AUGGGCUCCGACGAGACUCCAGUAGACAGCACCACCCGCAGAACAGCACCAAAGCGAAAGCGCGAAACAGCAGCUUCACGAGCUUCCAAAGCCAGUAGAAACGCUACACCGAAUGCAUACUCACGUAGAUCACCGCCUCGCGAAGAACUCGCCAGAUCGAGAGAUCCAGAAACUGAAGAUGAAGCUGGUGCUUCUCCGCCAAGAAAGCUCAAGCGACCCGGUGCCGGUGCCAGGAUUAAUCUAGCAGCGCGGGAAGCUGCUGAGCGGGAACGGAGGCAGAGAGAAGAAGAGGAGAGGCGGAACAUUCAAGGCAGAUCACGCAAUGCUGCAGAAGUCAUUGCAGAGCACUAUAAUGCAGUCCCAGAACGAGGCCGGGAAUGGCGUGGUACAGACAGUAAGAUCAAGGGCAUGAGGAGUCUGAACAAUUGGAUCAAGUCAACGCUCAUUCAGAAGUUCUCGAGACCUGAAAUACCCGUUCGAGAUAUGAAAGUCUUGGACAUGGCAUGUGGGAAGGGUGGUGAUCUGGGGAAGUGGGAGAAGGCACCACAAGUACCCAUUCUCUACGUUGGCUGCGACAUUGCUGCCAUUUCCAUCCAGCAAGCAAAGGAGCGAUACUCUUCGAACAACAGUCGGAACCGCUAUAGAGGACCGCGCAUGGAUGCCCAGUUCUUUGUACACGACACAUUCGCCCACUCCUUCAUCGAUAUACCUCUGAUUAGGAACAUUGGCUUCAAUCCGAAUGUUGGACCGGGCGGCAUCAUCCAGGGAGGUAUGGCAACUGGUGGCUUCGAUGUGGUCAGCAUGAUGUUUGCGUUGCACUACUCCUUCGAGACAGAGGAGCUGGCACGAGGCAUGUUGAAAAACGUGGCAGGAGCGCUGAAGAAGGGCGGAAGAUUCAUUGGCGUAAUGCCGAACAGCGAUGUCAUCACAGCGCAGGUCAAACGACUUCUCGCAGCAGAGAGCACAGGCAAGACGCCAAACGGCACAUCGACGCCCGCUCAGCCGAAUGGCGCAGUUAGUGCCAAGGUGGAGGACGACGAUGAGUGGGACCCUGAGAAGCCAGCAGAGGGCAGUGAGGACGGCGAGUGGGAUCCUGAGAAGCCCAGCGACCCUCAAUCAGCAGUGACUAAUGGUGCUGACGACGACGACGAUGACUGGGAUCCUGAGAAGCCAUCAGAGCCAGCCCCAGCUUCAGCACCAGUGGAACAACAACCCGCUACAAAUGGUGAGGCACAUUCCCCCGUCGAUCCAGACCUUCCACCUCUGCAAUGGGGAAAUGACAUCUACAAUGUCAAAUUUCCACGCCAGCAGCCACUCACCAAGAAGCCACUACCUCGAGAUGGCAUCUUCCGACCGCCGUUUGGAUGGAGAUAUCACUACCACCUAGAAGAAGCCGUCGACGCGCCUGAAUAUGUCGUCCCGUGGGAGGCUUUCCGUGCUCUGGCAGAGGACUAUGGCCUAGAAUUGAUGUAUCGGAAGGGCUUCAGAGAAGUCUUCGAGGACGAGUCGGAAGACCACGAGCUCGGUAUGCUGGCCGAGAGGAUGAAAGUGCUCGAUCGUGAUCGGAGCAAACCGAAUGGCGGACUUCUGGUAUCGCCCGAGGAAAUGGACGCUGCGGCAUUCUACCAUGCAUUCUGCUUCUACAAGACUUGA